GCAUUAUACCGUUGCAUUGCUGGUGGCUUGGUGGCAUAAAACAAAAAAAAAACAGUAACUGUUGUAGUCAUUUUUCAUUCAUAAAUUUUGUAACCAAUUCCUCGCAUCUGACGAACAUCUCCCAGCUUCAUGGUCAAUGCAUAAGCGUGUCAUUGCGUAUCGGAACCGGAAGUGUCCGUAUUUUGUAUCUGCAAUCGCGAAACAUUGGGAUUGUGGUGAUUGUUAAGAAACAGACUUUGAUCUUGAUAGUGGUGAUUGGGUGUUUGGGCGCAGUGCAGAUUCGAAAGGGUGUGGUGCAAGUGAACGGGCGUGGAUUCCGCCUAUUUAGUAAUUUCAGUUUUAUUGACCAAUUCUAUUGACUCAAUUGACCGGGAUAGCUGCAGCAAAGUUUGUUCGAGGAUGUCGUCACCUUUUCGUUAUACUCACGCAAUAACCUGCCGAAUUCCGCUUUCGUUGCGCACCCGAGGCGAGAUCGAUUUGGAAGAAGCGAAGCUUCAGCAUGAGGCCUACGUGAGAUUACUACGCGAUUUGGGACUUGACGUACUGGAACUGCCCCCAGACGAGAAUCUGCCGGAGUGUCCAUUCAUUGAAGACUGCGCGGUUGUGUGCAAUGGUAUUGCAUUAAUUUGUCGACCUGGAGAUCCCAACAGAUUGAAAGAGGUUGAUGCGGUGCGUUCGGUACUUCGAAAAGAGCUGGAUCUUCCGUUGGCGGAAAUCGCUGAUCAAAACGCUCGCCUCGACGGUGGAGACGUCCUGUUUACUGGGCGGGAAUUCUUCGUAGGCCUUAGCAAGUGGACCAACGAGGCUGGAGCCCGAGCGGUUGCUUCAGCAUUCCCAGAGUAUCCGUGUGUUCCCAUCAAGGUGACCGAGCAUCAUCACCUCAAGUACUACGUAUCCAUGGCUGGCAAUGACGUGCUGUGCGUUAGUCGGAGUAAAGAAUCACAGGAGAUACUGAAACGGAUCGAACGGGAAGCCACCUACACCUACAGCACCCUAACGCUGCAGGAGGAACUGGCCGCCAAUGUUCUGUACGCCAAUGGCACAUUGAUCCAUCGCUUGAGUGAGGAAAUACCGCAAUCGGCGGCGAUUCUCUCGCAAAAGCUGGACAUUCCGCGACAGACCGUGCCAAUGUCGGAACUGGGAAAAUUCUCCAACGGCCUUACGGCGUGCUGUAUUCUCGUGAAACGUUCUCGGCAUAUCAAAAAUUUGUAGGGAGGAGCAUGGACAGUAUCUGCCAGGAUGAUAUUUUUUUUGUUUUCAAUGUAGGAAUACAUAAUGCACAUAAAUAUUUACCAGAAGAAUAUUUAACUAUUUAUUGUUUACACUAUUUCUACAAACGUGCUAACUCAUGCGCUUUGUUACUAGCUUUGAUAGGCUUUAAUAGUUUCUCUUUAUUGUUGAAGUAAGAUUUUCGUGAGUUCCAAUUGAAUAAUUCUAGUGAAAUUUUGUUUCUUAUUGUAGAAGCUUAGGAUCGAUUUCAUGCAGUAGAUAACUCCAACCUUUAUUAUCAUUGACACUUCAAGCUUUUUUCUAAGGUCUAAAGUUUUAUAAAUGAAGUCGGUUAAUCGAAUGAUUUAUGGGUCGGACGAACAAUGAUUGUAGUAAACACCUUCGAUUGAAUGAAUCUCGCUUUUAGUUGUUUAUUGUAACAAAACAUCAUGAAGUCACUUGUUUAUUCUUGUGCAAAAAAUGGCAUUUUGAUAAUUAUUUACGCCCCACAUUCCGUUCACUUUAAUACUUUCUGUCGAACCGUAGGAUGCAAGACGCAGAAUUCUAACACGUAACAAUAGGUAAACGAAUGUUGCAAGCUGGUUGUGACUACAAAGUAAUGCAAUGAUAAUUCAUGGUUACAUAAACGCAAAUUUAUCCAGUGAAAUACAAAAAUCUAGUUAGAACAGUAUCAUAAUGAACAUAGCUAUAUUUACCACAUGACGACUAGUGCUCAAAACUAUCAGUUUAUUUUAGAUUUAUAGUAGAGAGAACAUCUUCCGAUUGAAUAACAAAAACAUUCUAAAACUUCCAUAUUCCGAUACAGUCUUAGUAGAUAUAAUCGAAAUAAUACAAAUUUGGAUACUGGCGCAGCUUAGUUCGAUCUUAGCAAAUUUUCUAUCGGUUUUACUAUUUAUCUGUCUUCGAAAAAAAAAUAUCGUCGUCUUCAGCUGCCGAAGCAAGGAAAAUCUCUAAACUAGGAUUAACGACAACAAAACUGAUAGGUAUUAUACAAACACUAAUGAUCUACUGUGAGUUAAUCUCAAUAAGGCUUACCCUCGUUUUAGAUUCACAUUGAAAAACUAUUUUUAGGAGUCAUAAGCAAUUCUACAGCAUUUAUGCAAGUUACGUAAUAAUUAAUAAUAGGCAUAAUAAAAAGAGGACGUUUAUUGCUAUCGAA